GGGCCUUUGUGUGAGGCGGCGGCGGCGAUGGUGCUCGGGCCCCGCGGAGCCGGUCCACAGAUUAACCGUGCUGAUAAGGAGGCAACAUCAUAGGAGCUGCUAAGAUGGGCAUGAGGAUCAAACUGCAAAGCACCAACCACCCCAACAACCUGCUGAAGGAACUCAACAAGUGCCGGCUCUCAGAGACCAUGUGCGAUGUCACCAUUGUGGUGGGGAGUCGCUCCUUCCCGGCCCACAAAGCUGUGCUGGCCUGUGCAGCUGGCUACUUCCAGAACCUCUUCCUGAAUACUGGGCUAGAUGCUGCCAGGACCUAUGUGGUGGACUUUAUUACCCCUGCCAACUUUGAGAAGAUUCUGAGCUUUGUCUACACAUCAGAGCUCUUCACGGACCUGAUCAAUGUUGGGGUUAUCUAUGAGGUAGCUGAGCGUCUGGGUAUGGAGGACCUCCUCCGGGCCUGUCACUCCACCUUUCCUGACCUGGAAAGCACAGCUGUGGCCAAGCCCCUGACCAGCACCAGUGAGAGCCACUCUGGUACGCUGAGUUGUAGCUCAGCAGAACCUGCCCAUGCCCUCGGAGAACUCCGGGGCAGUGGGGAGCACUUUGGUCCUGAUAGAAACUAUGUCUUACCUAGUGAUGCUGGAGGAAACUAUAAAGAGGAAGAGAGAAAUGUUACCAGUGACACUAACCAUAACAUGCCUCUGCCACAGCAGCCACUGCCGUCAAAAAUGGAAGACCACGAUAAUCCUGCUCCUUUCACAUCUGUACCUAAUGUGACCCAGCCAGUCCUAGGCACUGUCAGCAUGGGCAUCCAAACCAGCACCAGCUCCUGCCAGCCAUACAAACUUCAGAGCAAUGGAGACUUCAGUAAAAACAGCUUCUUCCCCCCUGACAAUGCAAUAGACAUUACCACUGGGACCAACUCCUGUCUGAGCAAUAGCGAUCACUCCAAAGAUCCAGGCUUUGAGCAGAUGGAUGAGCUCCAGCUGGAGGACCUGGGGGAUGAUGACUUGCAGUUUGAAGACCCCACUGAGGAGAUAGGGACAGCUGAAGAGGUGAUUGAGUUGAGUGAUGAUAGUGAGGAUGAGCUGACUUUUGGAGAGAAUGAUAACCGAGAGAAUAAGGCCAUGCCCUGCCAGGUGUGCAAGAAAGUUCUCGAGCCCAACAUUCAGCUGAUUCGACAGCAUGCUCGGGACCACGUGGACCUGCUGACAGGCAACUGCAAGGUAUGUGAGACCCACUUUCAGGACCGAAACUCCCGGGUGACCCAUGUUCUGUCUCAUAUUGGUAUUUUCCUCUUCUCCUGCGACAUGUGUGAAACUAAGUUCUUUACCCAGUGGCAGCUGACCCUCCACCGACGGGAUGGAAUAUUUGAGAAUAACAUCAUUGUGCACCCCAAUGAUCCCUUGCCUGGGAAGCUGGGUUUGUUUUCAGGGGCUGCUUCCACAGAGCUGAAAUGUGCUGCCUGCGGGAAGGCAUUGGCCAAAGAUUUCCACAUGGUCCGGGGCCACAUCCUUGACCAUCUAAACUUGAAAGGCCAGGCCUGCAGCGUCUGUGACCAGCGCCACCUCAACCUCUGCAGCCUCAUGUGGCACAUGCUCUCUCAUCUUGGCAUUUCAGUCUUCUCCUGCUCUGUCUGUGCGAACAGCUUUGUGGACUGGCACCUCCUAGAGAAGCACAUGGCUGUCCACCAAAGCCUAGAAGACACCCUCUUCCGCUGCCACUUGUGUAGCCAGAGCUUCAAGUCGGAGGCUGCCUAUCGCUACCAUGUCAGCCAGCACAAAUGCAACAGUGGCCUUGACCCACGGCCUGGCUUUGGGCUACAGCACUCAGCUCUACAGAAGCGGAAGCUGCCAGCAGAGGAGUUCCUGAGUGAGGAGCUGGCUCUGCAGGGCCAACCUGGGAACAGUAAGUACAGCUGCAAGGUCUGUGGCAAAAGAUUUGCCCACACGAGCGAAUUUAACUACCACCGGCGGAUCCACACGGGCGAGAAGCCGUACCAGUGUAAGGUGUGCCACAAGUUCUUCCGAGGCCGCUCAACCAUCAAGUGCCACCUGAAGACACAUUCAGGGGCCCUCAUGUAUCGCUGCACUGUCUGUGGCCACUAUAGCUCCACCCUUAACCUCAUGAGCAAGCAUGUUGGCGUGCACAAAGGCAGCCUUCCGCCUGACUUCACCAUUGAGCAGACCUUUAUGUACAUUAUCCAUUCCAAAGAGGCGGAAAAGAACCCGGACAGCUGACUGGGUCCCAGCAGAGCCAAGGAGAGCUCCCAGGUGGCAGCCAAGACAUUAAUUUUUUAAUGGCUGUUGGUCCCACCCCAGUUGAAGUUGUAACUUUGCCUUGAUAGAAAUUCUGUUCUGUCUUGUGUUUAAAGAAGGAAAAAGAAGAAAUAGCACAUGUUUUUGAGAAGCAAUGGCCCUAUCAUGUUUACCUCCUUACCUGUUCUUGCCCAUGAAGGGCUGUGUUUUUGGUUCUUUUGAGGCUGGUCUUGGGAUCUCAUCAGGCAGUUGGUGUCAACUAGAUCCCCUUCCCCAGCCUUUCGAGUUUUAUGCUGCUAAGAAUCCAACCAACAGCCUCACUGAAUAGAGGAGGUGGAGAGAGGUUUUCAUUGUGGGUGUAACUGCCAGACCUCCAGCUGAGACAACUGACUGUGAGAGAGAUUUUUGGCAAUGUGGACAUUUAGAAGAGACCAGUCAGCAGGGCAGCUCACCCAAGGUUCCAGCCCCAGCCUUUAGCAGGGAAAAGGCAUCAGGGAUAGAGGUACCUGCUUGUUGCACGGCGCUAAUCUGCUGGUUGGACAGUAAAAUCUUUUGGAAGCUAGAUCCAAACUGGGGACUAAGCUUUCUAUUUAGACCAGAAAGCUUUGGGAUGAAUCCUUGCCAGCCAGAAGAGGUCCUUCAGUGCCACCAGAAGUGGCAGCCUGGAUGGACAGGAAGGGAGGCUUCUCCUCUCAAUUCCAAAGAAACAUGAUUUUAUGGAGUGAAGGCCCAGGACGUCAGGCCUUCCCUGUGGGGCAAAGAGGACAGGGAGCCAUUUGACAUAGUCAGUCAUCUGUUACCUGGCCACCUCCAUCAACCUUGAAUUUUCUGAUGGAGAGGUGGGGAUAUCUCUGACAGCAGCAGCCUUGCCUUAAUUUACAUUCUGUCUCCCACCUACAUGUGUGUUUGACCUGUAGUGUAGAUGAGGAGACCCCAUGAGGUGGAUUGAUGGACUGGGAGCCCUUCAGGAUUAAAGGCCGAGUAACUGGUGGUGCGUAGUGGGAUGCCUCUCUGUCGCAGUUGGGUAACCCGUUGUUUACUUUGUGCAGCUGGACAGGAGCUUUGGCCGCUGACUUUUGACCUGCUGGAAUUUAUCCUGAUCUGUCUUUGCAUUGCCACCAGGGGGCACUAUUUGUUGGCCCCUAGUUCAGGCCCUCCCUAGGUGUCUGGGAAACAUUUCUGCCCAGCCCAAGCUGUUUUGUUCUUAGUUGACUUUUGAGGGAGUCUUGCCCAAAGAAGGUUUGAGUAAGAGGGUCCUUGUUCUCGCAUGCUCAUCGGCUCACCUCAGUAACUCAUACUACCUCACUGCUCAGGCGAGCUCUGGGAGUCCCUGGCCUGGGCCCUGACACUGCCCCUAGAGGGACUCAGCAGCACCCUGGGCUGUUUCACAAGCAAGUGGUUUUAAUUAACUCACAAAGCCUUUUUUUUGACAUUAAUAUUUAUUUAUUUUUAUUUUCAUAUACAUAUUACCCAGCAUCUCUUUUUGGAUAAGAGACUUCAGGAAAAUGAGUUUCUCUCCAGCAAGGAGCCACAUUCCAGGGGAUGAUCCUGGCCAGAGAUUCAGGAAAUAGGCUAGCACUGGGAGAGAACAUGUCAAGCCUUUACAUAAGCAAAUUCUUUUCUUUCUCUCCAGAUAGGCUCUUCCAGAAUAAACCCAGAGAACCUUUUGGGCAGUGGACAUUAAGUUCUAGGGAGUUGGGGCUUGUUAAAUUCCUAGGCCUUUCAUCCUCCUUCCAUUCUGUGAUAAGAGUAGAUUGGGGACUGGGCUGAGGAGAUCGAGUCACAUGAAGGACCUUUUUGCACAUUUUCUCAUCACUCCUAAACUCAGAAAGCUGUAUUAAGACAUAGGCAAACAAAGCUCCAUCUUUGGUGGACCUGCUGCCUCUCUCCCCAGCCCUAAACUUAAAAAGCUUCUGAGUUGGAGUGCAUGGCUCUCUGGUGGGGUGACCAUUACAUGAAGGGACUUGUACAAGUGGCACCUUUCGCCAUCUAAACCCAACUUGGUAAAUCUUCCCUUGGGCAUACUUGUCAGGAAAGCAGUGCUGAGACUUUUCAUCCCUGGCUGGCUUCUCUUUCCCACACUGACCAUUAGAAACUUAAGAAGGAAAAUAUAUGAAAGAGGACUGUAAAGUGCUAAGCUUUUCCAGCCUGAAUGAUCCCUGCCAAACUGUUGGUAAGGACUGAUUUUUUUAGUGACCAGAUUUGAGAGAGGUGGUACUGGACCCCAAUCAGGUAUCUGAGAAUGGGUUAAGAUGCUGAAGAAACGCUUUCCCUUAAUGGAAGGCAUCAUGGAUGCUGGGUAGUUUGUGUAUUUAACCUGAAACUGUGAAGUAUUCCCUUUUUGCCAGUAAACCAAAAAGCAAAUCCUUAAAACUUUGCCCUGAAACACUAAACAAGAAAAACUGCACCCCCUGGUCGUCCUGAGGCCAAGGGAUUGAUAAGGGUGGUCCAGUUGGUUGCAGUCAGACCUGUAGCAGGGUCAGUAGCUAGCGAGGCGCAUUGACCAAACCCUGUUCCUCCACGUGUCUCCUGUACUCACACCUGAACCUUCCCUCUGUUUGGAAUUAUGUUUGCUGCCUCUGCCUCUAGCUCACCCUUUUCUGAACUGUUUUACUUGAAACACUAUAUUGUGGCAAAGGGCACUCAAGGAUACGUAGUAGGAGGUAUUCAUUUUAUUUUGAGUUUUUAAUUUUUUCAAUGUCUGUUCAUUUGAUUUGUGGUGCCCUCUGCCCUGGAACCCAGUUUAGCACUGUCUCCUGCUGUACUGUUCCAAGAUUCUGUUUGACCCUUGAAUGUCUUGUCUUCGCCCUUUUCCUCCUUUUUCUUUUCUGUACUCUGGACUGGCUACCUAAUUGGCAGAGUCCCUUGUUUAAAAAUUAUUGAGAAUUUCAAGAUGGCAGUUGUAGAACAUUAAACCAAGCAUGAGGCUGUUCUCAACCUGCCUCAUAAGGGAAGAGGGUGACACUUGAACAGCACACUGGGAUAAAGAGCAGAGCCUGCUUGUGCCCAGAGAAGGGGAUCGCUGUCCCAGCUCUUCUGUGACCACUGAUGGCUCACUGGUGCCACAGCUCCUGCUGGGAAGCCCUGCUGUACCCUCAUUUAUUCCUAAAUUUUAGGACUCCAUGGAGUCUACAGUUCAAGGUUAGUUGGGAAGAAAGGAGGUGGGGGUGGGGCUCUGGCCCAGGUGACCUCUAAGAGCCAGAAAAUGGGUAAAAGUUCUUUUUGACUUCUCUGCUGACCUGUCAUCACCCUUUUGUCUCCAGGACAAGCCUUUGGGCUUAAAUACCUCCUCCCCAGUCGGGUUUUGCUACUGAUGAUUUUUCUUUGUCUUCUGGCCUCCUGCUGUGACCUAUUUUCCCAGGCUAUGCAACUGUGGAAGUGAAUUUAAAUCCCUUUAUAGAUGGACACUAAUGUUAUUGGCAUGGGAGUAGGCUAUGUGGAGAAGCCUGUGCCCAGCUGGGGGUCGCUACACGUCCUUUUUCCUAAGUCCUGCACUGAAUGAGUCAGGAAGUAGGGCACACAGCGUUCAUUUCACUGUGGUUGCUCAUCGCAAACUUAACAUCAGGAUGAAAAUGAAGCUGUUUGGGUUUCAAUGUUUCUUUAACACCCUUUCCUUGUCGAGUCCACCCUCCCCUCUGACCUCUACUAGCUAAAGUCUCUUAUGAAAUGGAGAAGAGUUGUUGAUGUCUAACUCCUUCCAUUAAAUUAAUAAGUACUGACCUCCUAAUAUUUAAGUGUUUACUAUCUAUUGCUGUAAAGUUUUGUAUAUUUUGUAAA